AUGUCGACGAUGCUGAAGGGUGUGAAGAAGUCGGUGAUACGAGCGCCUCAUCGGCUGAUUGGAUCCAAAUCGGUCGAGGACAGAAUCAUCAUUGAAUGGACGAAAGACUUCAAUGCGGCCGAGGUGGCUCUGGAUUUCAUUAUUUCAGAGGCCAAGAAACUCAUUUCUUCGUGGAAAGAUCUUGUCAAGUCACAGCGAGCGAUGGUCGAUCUGCUCGACGAGAUCUAUGCCCCAAUCCAGGAAGACAAUGUGUAUACAUCGGUCCAGGAAACUCCUUUGAGCACUACAAAGGCUAUUCAUGACUUACAAGCCAAACUGGAACAGGCUGCUAAUCAGAUAGACCCGAUUAUUAACGAGUUGGAUACCUCGUUUAUCGGGAAAUGCAAGGAAACCAAGAAAUAUAUCGACGGGGUUCAAAAAGCUUUAACGAAACGAGAACAUAAAAAAAUCGAUUUUGACCGGUACUCGAAUUCGGCAGAGAAACUGGCAAAGAAACAGGAAAUGACCGAGAAAGAUCAUAAUAACCUGUCCAAGACAGAGGCCGAAUUAGACGCUGCUAUGGAGAUUUUCCAGCAACAGGACGAAAAAGUCAAGACAUAUAUUCCACUAUUUCUCGCCUCGUUUUCGGAAUUCUUAAACUAUCUGACUACGACGUUAUACCUUUCACAGCAACGACUGUUUUCAAUACUGAAAUCAUGUCUUGUAGAAUAUGCUACUGCCCAGGGCUUGUUAUCAGGAAAGAAUCCUCCUGAAUAUACCACUAUUGUAGAGGAUUGGGAAACCCGGUUUAUCAAUAUCCAGCCUCGAUGUGAAGAAGGUAUUAAAACCAUUAAAGAAGGAAAAACCGUGACUAAUCCAAUGACUAUGCCGUCUAAGAGAAUCGAUAAAGUCAAAGAUUCAAUAGUACAUCAAUCAGGCGACUUUGCUCAUAGGGUAUAUAACCGAGCCAAGCAUCCGCUGAUAUCCAACAACAUCACUUUUUCGUCGCCUUCGCAGGGCAUGUUUCGAUCCGAGGCCGAUAUCUUGGCUAUUAACGACCCGUCACAUGCCAGUUCUCCUCGAAGAAGCGGCAGUUUUGCCGGUAUUUAUUCGUCUGUGGGGUUGAACCGCGUCGUAUCAACCUCGUCAUCCGGUUCAAAAGGAUCUUUGACUAGUAGCGGCUCGACCUCGACGUCACCUAGCGGUCUUCGAAGUCCGAUAACUGCGCUUGAACCAAGCCCUUUCUCUAGUCAAUCAAUCACUCGAGCCAGAGCUGUAUCGUCAUCUUCUGCCCAAGCAUUAUCAAUCGAUGAGCAACUCAUCAAAUCGGCCAUCCCGCCGAAAUCGGAAAACGACGAGUACGCAACUGCUAAAUUCACAUUCCUCGGUGACGAGCCUGGCGAUGUCUCAUUCAGAAUUGGCGACAAGAUCAGAGUGCUCGACCAUGGCGACGAGACUGAUGAGAACUGGUGGUUUGGCGAGACCUCGGACGGGCGUGUGGGUCUGUUCCCCUGUAACUACGUAGAGAUAUAG